UUACAAAAAGAGGAUCAGAUGACUACAGCAUCCAAUACCGGGGUCUCCAGGCGGCAUGGGGGUCUUUGAUCAAGAAAAUCCAAUUAUUUGUGUAUAUACAUUUCCCACAUAGUGAUUACUUCAUUAAUUGUCCCGCCUUUAUCUCCUCCCUUCCCAUCCCCCCUAAUAAUCAGCUCCUUUAUCCAGACCAACAAACACACCAUAGGAGCUUUGUGGAUUCAAAGGAUUUGCUUUCCCCUCUCAAAGAGCCGCUAUUCUUUGAUGAUUGGGCAGCGGCAAACUUCAAAGUAAUAAAUCUUAUUUCUGACUGGCUGGCGGCCCACCAAAGUCCUUAUCAAAUUCUAAGAAGUGAUCCCUCACUCUUCAGAUAGACCAAGGAUAUCUCGGAGAGAGGAAGCACUGAAGAGUGAAGACCUGCUCGACAAGAUAUUUUACUGCGAAUGCACACAUUUACCUAAUUUGUGCUUUUAUUUUUAUUUGUUUUCAUCGAGAGGGAGGAGGACGUUUACCAUGGCAGCAGUGGCAGUACUGCGGAAUGAAACACUCCAGGCUUUUCUUCAGGAUCGCACUCCAAACUCUUCUCCAGAGAACUGUAAGCACUCUCCGCUGGCUCUCCUGGCUGCCACUUGUAACCGGAUCGGGCAUCACCACGGAUCAAACCCCACAGAUUUUCUCCAGGUCCCCUACGACCCAACUCUUGGCUCCCCUUCGCGUUUAUUUCACCCGUGGACUAACGAGGGAAACCCUCAGAGCAGUCUGGCUAGCAACUCUACUUUCGGACUAUCCUCCAAGCCCCAGCUGUCUGCGCACAUCCAGAGCUCCUUCAGCUCGCACCACGAACUACCCCUCACCCCUCCGGCGGACCCCUCGUACCCAUAUGACUUCUCCCCGGUGAAGAUGUUACCUUGCUCCAUGCAGUCCCUGCAGUCCACCUGCCCUCCCACCUACGUCCCCGCUGUCAGUUACGCAGCCCCAACUCCUAUUCCGCCCGCUAUGCCAAGUUUUGUCACGGGACCCUCCGGCCUUGUGCACCAGCAGCAGAGACAGUUGUCCCCAAACCCUGGAGAGGAUAUUCCGUGGUGGAGCCUCCAGCAGGGGAACCAUGUAAGCCACUCUUCCUCCCUCGGUCCCCAUCGCUUCCAGCUGCAGAGAGGCUUGGUUCUGGGACAUACGGACUUUGCGCAGUACCAGACUCAAAUCGCCGCUCUACUGCACACAAAGUCCCCUCUCGCAACUGCGCGGCGGUGCAGGAGGUGCAGGUGUCCGAACUGCCAGUCCUCCACGUCCAGCGACGAGCCUGGGAAGAAGAAGCAGCACAUUUGUCACAUACCGGGGUGCGGGAAAGUUUAUGGGAAAACUUCUCACCUCAAAGCGCACCUGAGGUGGCACUCUGGAGAGCGGCCGUUUGUGUGCAACUGGCUGUUCUGUGGCAAGAGUUUCACCAGGUCGGAUGAGCUGCAGAGACACCUGAGGACUCACACGGGGGAGAAGCGCUUUGUUUGCCCGGACUGCUGCAAGAGGUUCAUGAGGAGUGACCACUUGGCAAAACAUGUCAAAACUCACCAGAACAAAAAAAGCAAGUGCCACGACAAGACACUUGACCAUGUCAAAAGGGAGGACACGAGGAAUAUGUUGUAACACACUUUAUAGUCAUUUUAAACAGUAGAAAUCACUAUAGUGCAAUACAGUCAGUCCUGCAUUAGUUAAAGUACACAGUGAGCUGCAUUUCUACAUUGGGUAUUUUGUUUAUUUUGUUGGUGGAAUUCUUACAUCAUGACAAUAGUUUCUAACAUUGCUGGUCUGUGUAGCACAUUUUUUUAUGUAUAUAUAAAGUUUCAUAAGUUAAUUUGGGACCAUGGAGAAGUUAUAGCUCAUGAGUUUGAAUUCACUGUCUAUAUCAUAUCAAGGAAGACAAGUUUUCAACUUGUGUUUUGAUCAUUGUCUUCGGUGGAAGAUUUCACUCCCCUGUAAAUUAUAUUUAAUAGCUUUUGUUGAAUGAAAGUGUCCGUUUUUUGCUCCAUAUGGGGUGUUUUUAAGCAUGCUCUUGAAAAGAUCUGCUAUUGUUGAUAUGACCCAAAUACUGUGUGAGAAUAAAGAUUAUAACAUUUUCCUCA